GGAAAUGGUAACUUUGAUUAUUUAAAAUUAUAUCCUCCUAGGAUCCACGUUUUAUAAUUUAUUACAAUUCCGCAAGCUCAUUGUCUCAAAAUGGCCGAAGAAGGUCUAGAAGCAUUGCAUAAUGUUAUAAAGAAUAUCAGUAUUCAAGAUGAAAAAAUUUGGCGUCAAACUGCCGCUAAAAAAUGUUUGAAGACAGAAAUUGAAAGAAUAGAAGAGCAAACAAGGCGUUAUGAAAUUCAAAUAGCAACUUUCGAAAAAGAUCCACUCUACAAAAAAAGGGAGGAAGUUGCUCGUUUAUUGGAGGAAAAUAUGAAAGAGCAUCUACAAACCCAUAAAUUGCUGUCAUUAGCUAUUAUUGCUAAAAAGGAAGAAGUUGAACGAAAGACAAAAGAGAUUGAAAGUUGGGAUAAAAAAUACAAAGAAGUUAAUGUCGAUUUCAAGGAAGCCUUCGACCUUAAAAAAAACUUUUAUGAAUCCACCAAUCCAACAUACAAAAAGCUGAUGGAAAUUGAAACAGCCCAGAGAAUUGCUGAGGUUGAAUUAAAACGGUUAAAAUCUGUUUUUGAACGACGCCAAAAAAGCAAAAAACUACUAGAACAAAUACAGGAAAAGAUUUUUCAUAAGACUAUUGUGAACUUCAUCAGCGCAAUACUUCGAAAGAAAAAAUAUGUGGAAAUAACUUGCAAAACAAAGAUACUUGAGGAACAGAAAAAGAAGAUGGUUAGGAAUAUGUUCGAAGCGCAAGAAGCACUCAAAAAACUUCGAGUACGUCACACUCAAAUAUCAAGUGGAAUGUUCACAAGAAAGGUUCCAAUUCUUAAUUUACAAGAAAUCACAAAAAGAAAUGAAGUACGGAAUAUGCCAGACAUAAACAAAUUGAAUAAGGAUAAUAUAAGUCAAAUGAAUAAUGUCCAGCUGAAUAAAUCAAAAAAACAAAAUCCGCAAAAAGAGGAUUUGAGUAAAGAAAAGAUUCCUUCAACACCAAAAAAAAGCUCUACACAAUCUUCCAACCGAUUGAAUAUUAUCAGCAAUAAACUCAUCACUCUGCCACCUUUGAAAUCCAUUUUCAAAAGACAAAGAUGCCGUUUGGAUACAACUAACAGUAGUUUCGGUGAUAUUUCAUUCAGCAGAUCCCAAAAUAGUCAAACCGAUCAGGCAAAUAAACCAAAACCCUCUCCUAAAUGUAGCCAGGAAGAAAAAACACGACCUAAUAUUGUUCAAAACAUACAAGGAACAUCUACGGAAAAUAACAGUAAUACAGAAAUAUCAGCAAUAAACAUUGGAAGUCUUACCAAACCAUCUGAUUGUUUGAAGAAUUUGAAAUUUAGUACUAAGACCCACAAAUUUCAAACACCUAAAAAGAUACAGAGUACACUCUCUUCAGAAAGUAAUCAAACAAAUUCGGUUCAAAAAGCUUCAAUACUCAAGGGUAAACUUUGCAAAAGGAAACUAAAUGACAGUCUUCAAGAUAUCGAUUUGGAUUCGAGUCAAAGAAAGAGGGAGAAGAAUGUUAUUUUUGCCAAUCCAAUACAGCAACAGAUACAAAUUAAUCAGAACUCAACUAUAACAAAUGAAGUGAACUUAAAUCAAUCUUCUCUGAUUGAAACUUCUUCACGUGUGGAUACAAACCAGUUUUUGGAUGGAAAUUUGUCAAUGAUGAGCUCUACAAACAAUGAUGAAUUUCAAAUCGAAGGCAUGCAGUUCAGUUUCGAACAGUCUGUUAAUUCUAAUUUAGGAAAAAAGGCUGAAACUAAUAGUAAAAUGACCCCUGGUAAGAAUAAUUGAUGUUUCAUUAAAUUUUCAAAGCAUAUUUAUU